AUGGGUAUCAACAAAAAACCAAAACUUAAGUCACUCUCACAAGGUCGACCACUCACGAUCAAGAAACCUGCUCAACGUAUUUCAAGCAAAGCUACUCGAACAAUUAUUCGUAAGCACCAUACGUUGGAAAAGCAAAAGGCGAAGGCUUUAGCAGAAGGUGAUGAAGUUAAGGCGGCGGCACUAACACGUGAGAUUGCUUCACAAGGGGGAUUGGAAAGCUAUCAACGUGCAAGUCUAAUCGGGCAGGGCAAUGAUAGAGGUGGGGAUAGUAGCAAGAUCUUGAUGGAUUGGCUAGCGCCUCUAUGUAAAGAUCUUAAGGGCCUAGUUGAAAGGAAGUCACCUGUCCGCAUGUUAGAGGUUGGAGCUUUGAGUACUACAAAUGCUUGUUCGAGAAGUCAUACCUUUCAUGUUGAGAGAAUUGAUCUGAAUAGUCAAUCGGAGGGAAUCACGCAGCAGGAUUUCAUGGAACGACCGCUACCGAAGGACGAAACUGAAAAAUUUAACAUUAUCAGUCUUUCUCUAGUCUUGAACUACGUUCCGGAUGGCGUAGGCAGAGGUAAUAUGUUACUCCGAACUCGCAAGUUCUUGGAAACAAUCUGUCCGGCUGGUGAUGGCUUUAGCGAAUGGUUUCCGGCAUUGUUUUUGGUACUGCCAUCGCCUUGUGUGAACAACUCACGUUACAUGGAUGAAGCGAGACUGGAAGCAAUAAUGGAGAGCUUGGGAUACGUCAUGGUGAAGAAGAAGCUUUCGAACAAGCUGGUAUACUAUCUCUGGCGUUUACAGUCGCCAACGGUGAAACCAAGACAAUGGAAGAAGGAAGAGAUUAGAGCUGGAGGCAGCCGCAACAAUUUCUCAAUUGUGCUUAAGAAUUGA